UGAAAAAAAAAUGGUUAAUUACAAAUGGAUCCAAUAGACAUCCAGAUAGAUACAUAAAUGGGGUUUGGUUUAUGCCUAGCUCUUGUCGUUUAAGGAUGUUGAAUGUGGGAGUCUCUAAUUAAAGUAUGAGAUUAUUAUUCUUAUUAUUAUUAAUUAAUUUAAUCAUAUGAUCUUAUAACAAUGGAGGGGUUAAGUUAAAGAAGAGAGGGGUUUAUAAUUAACCAAUUUAAUAAAAUAGUUUGUAGGCCAUUAAGGGAACAUAAUGUAAUUAAAGUAUUGAUUAAAAUAUAGUAAACCUCCCUCAUCCUAUGGUGUUUAUAAACAUGGAGGUUCUUCUUUCCUUUGGCCUUCAAAACUCCCUUAAAACAAGUAACAACUAUUAUCUUUUUUCACCUAAAUUAAUAUUAAGCAUAAACUAAAUUCGAUCACAAAAAAUAAUCUAAUUUAGUAUCCAAAUUAAACAAAAAUGACUGGCUCAAGUUCACCUUGUGGUGCUUGCAAGUUCUUGAGGAGGAAAUGUGUGAGGGGAUGUGUUUUUGCACCUUAUUUCUGUCAUGAACAAGGUGCUACUCAUUUUGCAGCCAUCCAUAAGGUUUUCGGGGCGAGUAAUGUGUCCAAAUUACUUGCUCAUUUGCCGGCUAGUGAUCGUAGUGAGGCCGCCAUCACCAUUUCUUAUGAGGCUCAAGCUAGGCUCCAAGACCCCAUCUAUGGGUGUGUUUCCCAUAUUUUUGCCCUACAACAACAGGUUGUAAACUUGCAAGCACAAUUAGCAGCUUUAAAGCAAUUACAAGCAGCUCAAGGCUUGUUAAAUGGUAAUAAUUCUACUCAAAACCCUAGUGAAAGAUCUUCUUCUAAUUACCCUCAAGAUGUUCAUAGUUGGUUGCAAUCUGAGUACCCACAAAUGGUACCUCCCUUUGAUCCAAACCACCUCAACUGUAGCGCCGAAUCUUCAGCAAUCUAUGGAUCAAAUAAUCAAGGAGGAUAUAAUAAUAACCAUAACUCAAUGGUUUUACAAGAUGAUCAAGAUGCCUCUUUUGCUAGCUAUGAAGGAUCUUCGUCUCAUCACUCGGCUUCCAUGGCCUCUCUAGAGUAUGAGAAUAAAUCGAAAUGGCCUUACCAAGACGCCGAUGAUCUUCACUCCAUGGCUUUUGGCUAUACUCAAUAUUCAUUGUGAAAGGAAGUAAAUUAAACAAUGAUUUGAAGGUUUUUAAGUCUAGUUUUUAUCCAAUUUUUGAGAUGCUACUUGCAUACAUCUUUUUUUUUUUUUUUUUUUUUUUUUUUCGUUGAUCAAAGCAUGAGCUUUGAUUACAAUGAUUAAAUAGAAUCCCUAUAUAAAUCUCUCUACCUUAGAUUCUAGAUAAAUAUUUGUUGAUACCUUUUAGAUCGAAACCCUAAUUUCGUAUUAUCUGCCUCCUAUAGUAAUGUUUUCUUAGAUCUCUGUAGUAGUCAUGGAAGAUGUUAGAUCAAUCAAUAAUUAUAAUAAUAAUGUGGUUUUUUCAAGAAUUUAAGCUUUAAUUAGCUUUAUAAUUGGAUUUAAUUACAAAGACCUAAAGCUUUGACUUAAGGAUCUUUUUUUACCUGACAUCUUUUUGUCAUAAAGGUUUUUCCUCAUUACUUUGUUGUUAACCCUAAUCUUU